GGUUUUGAGCUUCAGCUGAGGAUGGCAGGAGAUUCCCGAAUCCUCAUGGACCACAACAUGGAGAUAGGAGUCACACCUGCACAGGUGAAGAAGCUUCCUAAACACUUGCGGGAGGCUCAGAUCUCGACAGAGCGAACCCACUUGAUUUCUGACCCGGCAAAGAAGCCACGACAGCGAUACGUGCAGAAGGACGGCAAGUGCAACGUUCAUCACGGAAACGUCCAAGAGACCUACCGUUACCUCAGUGACCUGUUCACUACGCUGGUGGACCUACGCUGGCGUCUUAGUCUCUUCAUUUUCACUUUGGUCUAUGUAGUCAACUGGCUUUUCUUUGGCUUUCUGUGGUGGCUGAUAGCGCUCAUCCGCGGGGAUCUGGUGCAUGCUGAUGAGGAGGGCUGGACCCCCUGUGUGGAGAACCUCAACAGUUUUGUCUCAGCCUUCCUCUUCUCCAUUGAAACAGAGACCACCAUUGGGUACGGUUAUCGUGUUAUCACAGAAAAAUGCCCUGAAGGUAUCAUACUGCUUUUGGUGCAGGCCAUCUUGGGUUCCAUUGUUAACGCCAUGAUGGUGGGCUGCAUGUUUGUCAAGAUCUCACAGCCAAAGAACCGCGCCGAGACCCUCAUGUUCUCGCACAAAGCUGUCAUAUCGGUGCGAGACAACAAGAUGUGCCUGAUGUUUCGGGUGGGGGACCUGAGGAACUCUCACAUCGUGGAGGCAUCGAUCAGAGCAAAGCUGAUCCGCUCGCAGCAGACCAAGGAGGGGGAGUUCAUUCCACUCAACCAGACUGACAUCAACAUCGGCUUUGACACGGGAGAUGACCGGCUGUUCCUGGUGUCUCCACUUAUCAUCUCUCAUGAGAUCAAUGAGAAGAGCCCCUUCUGGGAGAUGUCACUGGCGCAAAUGGAGAAGGAGGAGUUCGAGAUUGUGGUUAUCCUUGAGGGCAUGGUGGAGGCCACAGGGAUGACAUGUCAGGCACGGAGCUCCUACCUGGACACAGAGGUGCUUUGGGGUUACCGCUUCACGCCGGUUCUCUCCCUGGAGAAGGGCUUCUAUGAGGUAGACUACAACAACUUCCACGAUAUCUACGAGACCAACACGCCCACCUGCAGUGCCAAGGAGCUAGCUGCAAAGCUUCGGGAGGGGCCGCUAUUGCCUCAGCUUUCACUCCUUAGCCCUGAGCCCAAAAUGCAUACUUUUGACCCCCUAGACCGCCUGUCCAAACCGGACCCACUCAGCCGGGAUGAGGACAAAGAGGAGAGAGAUUCAGGGGCUGACAGAGGAGAGACAAAUGGCUCAGCUGCUGCUUUGGAGGAGCCGCCCCUUGCUGAUGGACUACCUGACUGAUGUGACUGACAGCCACAUCAGCUAAAAACCCAGGACAGACUGGACAGGAGGACAGAACAAUAUAAUGCUUAAUUUAGUCAAUGGCCAGCUUGUUCCAUUGCAAUGCUUGGAGAUACAAGACAUCCGUCUCCAGCCCCCGACUCAUGCAAUACUCCUCUACUAGAGUGUCAAUCUAUAGUAUAGAUUGGUUUUGUAGACACGUAAGUACACAUACACAGACACACACGUACAGUAUCUAUAUCCUACACUUAAAGGUUGGUGG